GGACUAUUUUCAUUAUGGACUAAAUUUUAUUUUAGACCAAAAAUGUGCUCAAUCUCUCAAGCCACACGCCCCACAAUUUGUAUCCCGACGUGAAGUAACAAGUCAAGAUGCUGCGCUCUCAGGUUGCCAAGGUCGCCAAGUCGCGGGGUCUCGUGCGUCGCUUCGCCUCGGAUGCCAAGGAGGAGGCUGUCAAGGUGGCUCCCACGCCUGCGCCCGUGGUGGUGAAGAAAGGCGGCAGCUCCUUCAUGCAGCGCAUCGUGUCGUUCGGUGUUGGCGUAGCCGUGGGCGCUGGCUACGGUCUGUACGUGCUCUCAGAGGACGUGGAGCAGUCGACGCAGCAGAUCCAGAGCUCUGUGGGCAGCCUCAAGGACGAGAUGAUCGCGCAGAACAAGACGCUCACCAAGCGGAUCGAGGCACUCGAGAAGCGUCAGUAGAUGGACAACGAGAAGAGGAGGAAAGAGCGCAAAUAAUGAUGAAGAAUAUGUGCGGGGAAUGGUUAAAAUGUU